AUGGCAGCAACCAACCUCGCCGAGGCCUCCAUUGGGCGUGUUGCCCACCUGGUCCUUGCACAAAUGGACGAGUUUGUGGCCAUGGGCGACAUUGACGAGCUCGACGAGCUGGACGAUCUGUGGGAGGCACCGCCACUCAAGUCACUGCUGAACGGCUGUCCACACCUGGCGUAUCUUGAUGUUACUCAGGCUGAGCUCGAGCUGCUUGCUGCUCCGUUGGUGGAUGGCACGGCUGGGCGUAAGGAGGUUGUCAUGCCGCGGCUGCUGUUUAUCGACAACGUCAUGUUCCCGCAUCGCGCUUCAGAGCCGCAUCUUCCCGCCAAGGGCACGGCGUGGGACAUGCUGCUCGCCUCGUCGUGGGCCGAGUCCAAGGCCCGCCGCAACGAUGUUGUUCCUGAUACCUUUGCCGUGCAUCUUGCUGAGCUGCGUACCAAGCUCGGCCUCUCUCGCCCCCCGCUCCCCGGCUCUGUCCGACCGAUCGUCGUGUGGUACACUGCACUCUUGCUUGUUGCCCGUGUCCUCCACGGCCAGCACGUCGAAGAGGUGACUGAGUGCGAGUAA